ACCACCUUGCAACUCUUGCCCAUGGCCUCGAGCAGCGGCCACUGCUGAACAAGGGGAGAGAGAGAGAGACGGGGAGAUCAACAACAAUAACAACAACACGCUUGCUGCUCUCGGUGUCCGUGGGGAAAGGAGGUCGUUGCUAUAUCUCGUCCGUGCAGAAUGCAUUGCUGAUUGCAACUUAUGAAGAUCAACAGAGAUAUCAAGAACUCGCCGGCGGCUACUUAAAAGGUGGAUGAUGGAGGCAGCAGAACCUACACAGGAAGUGAAGUCACAGGCUGUGUCGGGUCCUGAGGUGACGGUCGUCCACCUGCCCGGAGGUCAGGAGGUGCAGGUACCAACGGUGAUCCAGAACGCGCAGCCGUCCGUCAUUCAGCCCCCGCAGAUGCAAACGGUGCAGGUGGCAGUCGCAACAGAGACCGACAACUCCAAGGAGGGCGCGCAGAACGCAUUGGAGUUGCGCAAGCGCAAGGAGUUGCUCGCGCGACGCCCCUCGUUCAGGAAAAUUUUCAACGAGAUUUCAGCCGACGCAACAAACGUGGCUUCCACACUGGAGGAAAAGAGCGAGGAGGAGGGGGAGGGGGAGACCCAGGCCAACUCGGCUGGUGGAACCCAAAUCUCCUCCAUCUUCCAAACCUCCGGGGGCCAGUACAUUACCAUCGGCCAAGGCGGUACCUUUCACCUCACCACAGCGGGGGGUGCCGAAGCGUUGCAAGGCCUGCAGGCCUUCGCCAUCCCAUCGUCCGGGACGGGGGGCGCAUCCGGGCCGGCCACCAUCCUUCAGUAUGCGCAGACGUCCGACGGACAGCCUGUGCUGCUGCAGGGAGGACAAUUUGUGGUGCAAGCUGGGAACCUGCAACAGAACAUGGUGGUAGCGUCGCCAGCGAGCUCGCCAUCAAUUCACGAGGAGCCGGUGACACGCAAGAGAGAGAUCCGGCUCAUGAAGAACAGGGAGGCAGCGAGGGAGUGCCGGCGGAAAAAAAAGGAGUACGUGAAGUGCCUGGAGAACCGGCUGGCCGUCCUGGAGAACCAGAACAAGACCCUGAUCGAGGAGCUCAAGGCCCUCAAGGACCUGUACUGCCACAAGACCGACUAGCAGCAGCAGCAGCAGCAUCAGCAGCAUGCAGCAACGGGGGGCGCCGCCUGUGCUCAGCCGCGGACCGACCGAGUGCAGGCCGCGCCAACGUUUACCUUUUUACACUGCGUUCUCGUCGUCGUUUUAUUUCAUUUUUGCAUUUUGUCUCCGAAAAAUUUUACUCUUAACCUGUCACUUGCUGAGAGGCCAAAUCUAAAGGAAGUGGUUUGGGGUGGGGGGGGUCGGGGGAGGUGUGGCGGUGUGGCGACUUUGCCGCACGUGGUCGUGGAGCGUUUGCCGAGCUCCCGCGUGUAACCCAGCGUCCACGGAUCGACGACGAGGUGGGGUGGGUGGGGGGGGGGCGGUUGAUCCAACCGUGAAGUCGCCUGGCGAACUUGGGGUGUGGGAAGACGGAGACGCCGAGAGAGAGGGACGGGCCGGGGUUGAAGGUGCUCGUACCGAACACUGUGUGUACGUCCCAGGCAAGGCUGAUGCACGCCGUGUCUCGGCACCACCUCCACGUUGCGUCUCCCCGGCUUCUCAUCCUCAAGCUUUUUUACGGAUGGAAGUCGCACGGCCUGCCCCAACGCAUUACACAUGUACCCUUUGGAACCGCUCCUGCACAACUUUCACUGCUUUUGUCGGCAAGGAAACAUGGCGGGGGGAGGGGGAAACCCCAUCCAUGUGCACAUGGCGCGUAUAUAUAACCGUAAUGGACGUGCGUGUCCUGGGAUGCUGGGUUGGGCUUCAAAUGUAGAUUCACACCCCCCGCACCUCACCCCUUCUGAGGGCUGGCAGAAUUUAGCAGCAGAGGUGCUUCGAGAUAAAGGUCAUAUCUCAAGUUUGGUGUUUAAGCAGAAUGUUUAGGGGUCUUUUUUAGGGUUAGGGACUUGGGGAUUUAAAGAACGGGAAUAUAGGACAUUGCUCAGAACCACGCAUGCCUAAACUAGUUUAGUAUCAAACGUCGAAGUGUGGGAGUGGUUGGGAGACUUGCAAGUGGGAAUGGGAGGGGUUGGGGGUUACCAAUAAUUGGCAAAGUGGAGGCCCCAGUGAUGAUUUGAGCAGGUCCUUUGCAAGCCCUCGGCACCCAGCAACAGCAAUUUUAGGUCGCUAAAUGCGUGGCUGUGAACCCAGCAAGGGGCUCUAUCAUUCGAGCUCUGCACGCCACUUUGGGAGUGCAGACCUUUUCGCCCCUUUAGCUCGCGCUCAUUUAAUCAGGUGUUAUUUUUACCAUUUCUCAGUCGAGUAAUAUUACUUCGAAUGAAACGUAUUGGUUUCACGUGUGGACCUGUUGCCGAUUUCAUCACGAAUGACGUUGCAAGUCGCGCUGCCAUUACUAAUUCAUACUUUAUUUUUUCCCCGUAUGCUUUUGGUUUAGAUGGAGAUUUUGUCGCUCGGGCUGUACCUAUAUUGUUUGAAUUAUCAUUGAAUUGUAAUAUGAUUUAAAUUGCAUUUGAAUAUCAAUCCUAAUUGUUAAUAUUGGGUGGCUUUUUUAUUUUCACCCUGGUGGGCCACCUGCCAAUGUCACGGACGGCACAGGUGUUUGCGAGGGAGUUUAAACAAGCGUUGUCGUGCUAGGCCCAGAUGUUAGUACUUGUAGUAGCUCUGUGAUGCAACAAAGAUAAAUGAACGAUGGGGAGGUGAUAUUAAUUUUCCCAUGUUUAGAAAUCAAUUUCCUGAAUUAUUUCGCUUAUAAAACACGAGUGAAAAAUACCGAUUCACACACUAGUGCUCUCUGGGGUGUGGUGGAGAAUUGAGUGUGUGAGGUGGAGUCAUUUUACUCAUUUGGAAGGAAUCGGUGAUUCAUUCCAAUGUAUCAUUAAUUUUUAUAUCUCCAAGCCUUUUAUUAAACGACGAACACUGCUACCAAUUGAGUGCAUUUCGGUAUUUAUGCUUGAAUUAAUGCACACGUAGUGUUUAUGUUACCAACACUUACCAAUAAACAUCGUUGGUGUAACGGUGCAGAUAAAAAAUUACUUGAUUAAGUCAAUUAUUAGCCAAGGGUGCAUAUACCAUUAGUUAUAAGUCGAGGGGAAGCUCUCCCAAUUGGUCAAGUGUGUGUACCACCGACUUUUAGUAUCAAACUAUACUGUCCCAAAUGAACGAUGCCCAAUGGGGAACGAUUUAGAGAAUUGAUUACUAAAUACAGGGAAGUUAAGUUUCCGUUCAAUGCUUUAUUAACAUUAAGUCAAUAGCAGCCCGUGGUGGCUUAGGGGAUCUCCACUUCACUCGGUCUGCACGUUUUUUUGCCUUUUCAGAUGUGAUCAUCGAUGGCCGUCUCGUAGUUUAGCGAAGGAUAAUUUAUUCAUUGUUGCCACCUCAUUACUUACUAAAUGUGUGAACACUUUGUAAGUCCUUUAAGUUAGCUCCACAGUACAGUAUUGACGAAAUAAUUUUCGCUUAAAAUGAAAACAUUCAAACACAUGUUACAAUUUUCAGAUUUUAUACAUAAAAAUGUACGUAUAAAAAAAUAUAUACAAAAAAAGAGAAUUACAGGCUGGUGCUUUUAAUAAUUUAGGAUUUUAAGAAAAUCGCUUGUGCCUUAGUGCUAGAUUUUUUGGUUCGGCCAAUGUACUAGUUUUUGUACCCCCCCGCAAGCAGCAUGAUGUGAUUAAAAUGCAUUUAAACAGGA